AUGCGUUUUGCUCGUCUCUCUAUACUCCGGGCUACGGAAACAGCCCAGUCCCUUCGAACAAGUUCCCUCGCCAGUCGACCUACCCAGCAGCUGGGCCGUCGGCUCUAUUCCAAUGGGAAUGAAUACAAACAGAAUGCAUCCAAGACCGGCUAUUCGCCGUGGACGAUCGGAUCAGUCGCCAUCGGCGGCUCAGCGCUCAUGUAUCUACUCUUCGUGGGUCCGGAGAGGGCAUCUCAUCAGGGCCCUCACGCCCCCGCGGCAGCGGAGACCGUAAAGGAAUCGCCACCCGAGCCGGUGGAGGGCCAACCCAGGGAAGAAAGCAAAGCCACUCAAGUUGCAGCAGAGAAGACAGCGGAGGUAAAAUCGCAGGGUCAGGAGACGAAGCGGACGAAGCCUGAAUUGCAGAAUAUUCCUCCUUCGGAGGUGGAUGAGCCCCAUGCCAGGGGGUCGACCGGUGGAUCGGGAACCAUGUCCGGCAAGCAAGAGGGCCUCUCGAACGCAGAUACGUCGAACCCAUACGUCAACAGCCCCGACAAGAGCAAGAAGAGAGAGGGCGAAACGGAGUCAGCCAAGCUGAAGGGGACGGUUUCGACGCAGAGGUAG